AUGUUUCUGCUUUUUUCUUUCUGUCUUUCUUUAUUUUUUCUUUCUUUUUUUUGUUGCUUUUCGCUUCAACCUUCUUUACAACUUUUUGGUUUUCUUUCUUUCUUUCUGCAAAAUUGCUUUUUUUUGUUUUCACUCAAUUUUCUUUCUUUCUUUCUUUCUUUCUUUCUUUCUUUCUUUCUUUCUUUCUUUCUCAUCCCCGUCUCUUUCAUCUCAUUCUUACAUGAUUUCCUACUUGUUCCUUUCCAUUUCUUCUUUCUUCAACUUAUUUCACUUCAUUCGUCAUUAUUUUUUUCUUUCUUACAUUUACUUACUUCACUUCCUUCUUUGAUGCACGUCUUUAAUUUCAUUCCUUCCUUUGUUUUCUUUCUCUUUAUUGCAUUCCUUCCUUCCUUCCUUCCUUCGUUCUUUUUUCUUCCUCUUCUUAUUCCCGUCCAUCUUUAUUUCGUCAUUAUUUUUCUCUUUUGCUUUUUCGUCAUUAAACUUCUUCCUUCUUUCCUCUUGGCAUCAUUUAUAUUCUUCUUUUCUUUUCUUACUGAAUCGGCCGUGUUUGUGUCUGCUUAUCACCCACGAUUCGUCUCGCCUUUCUUUCUGCCUUCUUUUCUUUCUUUUCCUUUCUCUGCCUCUGUUGACAUUAUUGUCAAAAAAUCUAUCUAUCUAUCUAUCUAUCUAUCAGUCAUAGUUUGCAAUUAUCUAUCUAUCUAUCUAUCUAUCUAUCUAUCUAUCUAUCUAAUGAUUUUCCAAGCAGGUUUAUCUAUCUAUUUUGGUAUGUUCAUUAUCGAUUAUCUAUCUAUCUAUCUAUCUAUCUAUCUAUCUAUCUAUCUAUCUAUCUAUCUAUCUAUCAAAAAAAAAAAAUUCAUUUUCUAUAUAACAAUUUACCUUGGUCUGUUCAUUAUCUAUCUAUCUAUCUCGCUUGUUCAUUAUCUAUCUAUCUAUCUAUCUAUCUAUCUAUCUAUCACUCUUGGUCUUUUCAUUUUCUAUAUAUCAAUUUACCUUGGUCUGUUCAUUAUCUAUCUAUCUAUCUCGGUCUGUUCAUUAUAUAUUAUCUAUCUAUCUAUCUCUCUUAGCUUGUUCAUUAUCUAUCUAUCUAUCUAUCUAUCUAUCUAUCACUCUUGGUCUUUUCAUUUUCUAUAUAUCAAUUUACCUUGGUCUGUUCAUUAUCUAUCUAUCUAUCUAUCUAUCUAUCUAUCUAUCUAUCUAUCUAUCUCGGUCUGUUCAUUAUAUAUCUAUCUAUCUUUCUCUCUUGGCCUGUUCAUUAUCUAUCUAUCUAUCUAUCUAUCUAUCUAUCUAUCUAUCUAUCUAUCUAUCUAUCUAGGUCUGUUCAUUAUCUAUCUAUCUAUCUAUCUAUCUAUCUAUCUAUCUAGACACAUCAGUAUGGAUCAAUGGUUAUUGUGUCUCUACUGA